AUGGUUUACGACAUUUCCCCUUACGCUGGCAAGAUCCUCUUCGAGGAACGAUCCAGCACAUUUCGUCUCUACGGGCGAAACAGUCUGUAUGCAUUCAGAGCGGAUGAGGGUGGAAAUCUUGAGCACCUGUACUGGGGGAAAUCCAUUCCCCCACAGGAUGACCUGAGAUACCUCUCGUUCUCGAAUGUGCAACUCAGUUUCGACCCCGGUCCUUUGACAUACUUUGAAGACAUCACUGCCAUUCAGGAUCUCGUUUCUGAGCAGCUGGACCAUGAAAAUCUGCUCCGCGAGUGGGACAAUGCGAGGAAACAGAACGUAGCUACCUGCAUGUUUGGAGAGGCAGCCAGACGAGAAAAUGCUGCGUGGAGGUUGAUGAAGAUGCAAGAGCUCAAAACCAGCAGGGCUGAGGGGGAAGAAGAGUUGCGCGAGAUCGACGAUUCGGAUGGUGAGCCCAACAUCCAAGAGGUCCCAGCUCCCAAUUAUCCUAUCAAGAGCCCUCACUUGGGCCCGAUGGCCUCGUUCACCAGCCCUCACCUUGGUCCUCUCCACCCAAGCUUGGCAAAGGCUGGAGCCUUCGGCGAGGGCUUCCUCCCUCUGAAUGCCUACCCUCCCGCUGAGGAGUUUGGGCUGGGCCCUCAAGCCACUGAGGAUAUGAUUCCUCCGGUUGGGCGCAACACCAAACUGCUCGAAUUCGCAGAUUUGGGUACUGGUGACUAUCGUCCCCCGAGCUUUUGUGUUGUCUACGAAGACGGCAGUACAAUCUGUCCUCUCACCUACAAGGGGCAUGAGAUUCACAGAGGGAAGCUGCCCAUGAAGUUCGCGAAGGGAAAACUGCCGGAGCUGCGAGGAGGAGAAGAAGACUGCAACAGUCUUGUGGUGCAGAUGGAAGACAGAUUGACAGGUCUUGAGUUCGAUCUGGUCUACACAGUGUACAAAGACCUCGACGCAAUCACGAGGAGAGUCAUUGUUCACAAUCCCAAAGAGAAGAAGAGCAAUGGCAACAGCAACAAGCCGCGUACUCCGACGAGACUGGACAAGCUUAUGAGUGCCACGGUAGACUUCCACACGAUGAGUGGGCUGAAUCUCAUCACACUGAGUGGUAGCUGGGCCAAUGAGAGACACCAGAGAGUUCAGUCACUUGUUCAAGGAAGGUUUGUCUCGGAAAGUCUUCGUGGUACGAGCAGUCAUCAACACAAUCCUUUCUGUGCCAUUACCACCACCCCCGAAGAGCUCUUCGAAACCCACGGCGAUGUCUGGGCGUUCUCUCUCGUCUACUCCGGCAACUUCAUCAUGGAGGCUGAGGUCACCGAGACUGGCCGAACUCGAAUCAAUGCUGGUAUCAACCCCAGCACAUUCAAAUGGCACCUUCCUCCCGGAGACUCGUUUGAAUCGCCUGAGUGUGUUCUUGUUUACAGCGAUUCUGGACUGGAAGGCAUGAGUCACACAUUCCAUGCCUUGUACAAAAAAUAUCAGAUUCCGCAAAGGUGGGCCAACACCGUCCCGCCAAUCCUUUUAAAUACUUGGGAAGCCAUGUACUUCGACGUGAACCAUUCCAAGGUCCUGGAGCUAGCAAAGGUUGCUGCAACCUGUGGUGUUGAGAUGAUAGUUCUUGAUGAUGGAUGGUUUGGGGAAAGAGAGGAUGCUACUUCGUCUCUGGGAGACUGGGAUGAAGAUCGUAGAAAGUUUCCAGACGGUCUGUCUGCUCUUGUUCAAGACAUCAACGCCCUGGGGUUGAAGUUUGGUAUCUGGGUAGAGCCAGAGAUGGUGAACGUCAAGAGCAAGUUAUAUCGCAAGUAUCCAACCUGGUGCUUGAAUCAGCAUGGAAGGAACAGUCGAUGUGAGGGCCGAAAUCAGCUUGUUCUUGACUUCACGAGAGAAGAAGUUUGUCAGUACGUCAUAUCCAAACUCAACGCUCUCCUAUCUGCUUCGAACAUUGAGUACUUGAAGUGGGAUAUGAAUAGGCACCUUACCGAAGUUUAUGGCAACGCUAUCAUGCCAGAGAAACAAGGUGAAGUAUUCCAUCGCUACAUGGUCGGUGUCUAUAAGGUCCUCGCAUUCUUGAACGACAAGUUCCCUCAUGUCAGAAUCGAGACGUGCUCUGGAGGAGGAGGUCGGUUCGAUGCUGGCAUGCUUCACUACUGCCCACAGAUCUGGGCUAGCGACAACACGGACGUGUUUAGCCGCAUGGCAAUCCAGCAUGGAACCAGUUUGGCUUAUCCGAUCUCCUCCAUUGGCUCACACAUUACAGCUGUACCCAAUCAUCAGACCCAGCGGCUCUCGACCCUCAAGACCAGGUUUCUCGUCGCUCUCUUUGGAACCUUCGGACUCGAGCUUGACCUGAGGCGCCUGAGCCCCGUUGACCUCAACGAGCUCUCACAGUACACAGCCAAGUACAAGGAGCUCGCCCCUACCGUCCUCCACGGCAAGUUCUACAGACUUUGGGCCCCGUCCAGGCUGAGCGACCGUCAUGCUUAUGCGUGGAUGUGUACGUGCGAGAACGAGCAAGAGGACAUUGCUGCUGUUGUCGCCGUCUUCCUCACCAAGACUGAGCCGGGACGUUACCUUCCUCGACUUCGCUUGAGGGGACUGGACCUGGCCAGCAACUAUGUGGUGGAGGAGAUCUUCCCUAACACUUCCAUGAGGAACCGCAACACUGGUCAGCUCGAGAUGACGGGCGGCAUGCCGCAAUGGCAGCUUGGAAAGCAGUCGAUCGUGAUGUCAGGAGCAGCGCUCAUGAACGUCGGGGUUCCCGUUCGUCUCUCCUACGACGGAGACAGCAGCGCUUUUGUGCUCCACCGCCACAGGAACCCAGUCCCAGCUUCCAACUGA